ACUGGCCUUUACUAUGCUAAGGUCAGUAUGAUUGAGACUAAUAAUGCUCUCAAAGCCCGGUUCCAAGAUUACACUAUUUGGCACGACCGGCUUGGUCAUCCCGGUACAACCAUGAUGCGUAAAUUAAUCCAAAGUUCUCAAGGACACACCCUUCGAGAAAACCAAGUCAUCCCUCAGCACCUCACGUGCACAGCUUGCUCCCAAGGGAAGUUGAUCACCCGGCCUUCACCAGUAAAAGUGUCCAAAGAGACAUUACAUUUUAUGGAAAGAAUCCAAGGAGACAUCUGUGGUCCCAUUCACCCACCUUCUGGGACAUUCCGGUACUUCAUGGUACUAAUAGACGCUUCGACCCGUUGGUCGUAUGUCUGCCUAUUGUCUUCUCGGAACCAAGCUUUUGCUAGGUUGUUGGCUCAAAUCAUCAGAUUACGAGCCCACUUUCCAGACUUCCCACUAAAGACUAUACGUCUUGAUAAUGCUGGUGAAUUCACUUCCCAAGCGUUUAAUGAUUACUGUAUGGCCAUGGGGGUGACCGUUGAACAUCCUGUGGCACAUGUCCAUACUCAGAAUGGACUUGCUGAAUCAUUCAUUAAACGAAUCCAAUGGAUUGCUCGACCAUUACUCAUGAGGUCGAAGCUCCCGGUCUCAGCUUGGGGACAUGCAGUAUUACAUGCUGCUGAAUUAAUACGUAUCCGACCAUCUAGUGAGCAUAGAUAUUCCCCAUCCCAAUUAUUAACGGGUUAUGAGCCAGACAUCUCCCAUCUCAAAACAUUUGGGUGCUCAGUCUAUGUACCCAUUGCUCCACCACAUAGAACCAAAAUGGGACCUCAAAGGAGGAUGGGAAUAUAUGUUGGUUUUGAUUCUCCCACCAUCAUCAAAUAUCUCGAGCCGACCACUGGAGACCUAUUUAAGGCCAGAUAUGUGGAUUGCCAAUUUGAUGAAUCGUUAUAUCCAACAUUGGGUGGAGAGAAACACAAGCUGGUCAAAGAGCUAUCAUGGAAUCAAACAUCCUUAAAUUAGCAAGAUCCUCGGACUCUAGAAUGUGAUUCAGAGAUCUGAAAGAUUAUACACUAUCAAAAGCUAGCUAAUCAAUUGCCAGAUUCCUU